AUGGCAGAAAUAACUUGCACGUACCUAGUUGUUGGCGGAGGAAUCGCCGGAGUUUCUUGUGCAGAAUCUUUGGUUCUUCUAGCUGAAGCGCGAGAUAGUAUAAUUCUUAUUACCGAAUCAUCGCUUGUUAAAUCAGUCACAAAUCUGGUUCCAUUGGGAAAAGUUCUUACACGUUUUGAUGUGGAGGAAAAAAGGGCAGAUACCUUAGGCAAUAAUAUUCGCGUCCUAGAAGAUCAACUAGAGCAUAUUGAGAGCAAAGAUCAUUAUGUUCGUACUAUCAAUGGGAACAAAAUUGUUUACCGUUAUUUGUGCCUUUGUACUGGUGCCAGGCCAAAAUUGAUAGAACAUGCAAAAGAUAAUCCUAAUAUCAUUGGAAUUCGUGAUACAGAAUCUGUAAAUGAUUUCCAAAAACGAAUAAAGAACGCCUCAAAAAUAGUAGUUGUUGGAAAUGGUGGAAUAGCGUCGGAGAUAGUUUACGAAAUUAGUGGCAUCGAAGUGCAUUGGAUCAUCAAGGACGAGUAUAUCAGUUCCACGUUUGUAGAUUCCGGCGCUGCACGUUUCUUUCAAGAAAGAUUAACUACGAAAGGUGAAAAAAAAUCCAUUGUUAAACGAAUGCGAUACUCCGAAGAAACGGCUGAUUCAAGUGCUGCUAAACGAGGGGCAGCGCUCGGACCAGACUGGCACCGCACAGUUGACAUAACCGGCAAACUGGAAAACGUUCCCGAUUCAGUUAAAAUACACUAUUCGGUAGAAAUCGAAAACGUCAUCUCCCAGAGUGAAGGUUUUCCUCUUAAACUUCAACUUUCUAACAACGAACAAAUUGAAUGUGAUUUUGUAGUAUCUGCCACGGGAGUCGUUCCUGCUGUAAAUUUCUCAUCAGACAAAUGUUUCAAUCUAGCUCCCGACGGUGGUCUCUUAGUCAACUGGGGAAUGGAUACUUCCGUGCAGGACAUUUUUGCAGCAGGCGACGUCUGUACCGCAGACUGGGAACCAUCUCAACAUUGGUUCCAGAUGCGCCUUUGGACUCAAGCACGGCAGAUGGGAGCGAUGGCCGCACGCUCAAUGGCAGCUAGACGAUCAGGGGAAACCAUUUACCAAGAUUUCUGCUUCGAACUAUUCAACCAUGUAACUCAGUUAUUCGGUUAUCAAGUGGUACUAUUGGGCCGCUAUAACGGUCAAGGAUUGAACGAUAAGUACGAAGUUUUGCUGAGAAUGACUCCUGGGCUGGAAUACAUCAAGUUUGUGCUGGUAGACGGGCGCCUACAGGGUGCGAUAUUAGUUGGAGAAACGGGACUUGAGGAAACCAGUGAAAAUUUAAUUUUAAACCAACUGGAUCUAUCGCCCUACGGAGAGGAUUUGUUGGAUCCAAACAUCGAUAUUGAGGACUACUUUGACUAGAAGCUGGUGUGCAGCAAUGUGCUAUUCUUAGAAUAAUAUAAAGAUUUGUUUAACCUUA